AUGGGACGCAAUGGCCACGAGGCUGAGAUGGGGAGUGGGAGAACAGGGAUGGGGCCAGGCUCUGAGGGAAGUUCUAGAAAUGAACAAUUUAUCAGUUUUAAAUUGCAUGCUGGGCGAGUGCCUGCCAGCGUGUGUGCCCCUACGGAAGCUGAGACUGCGCUUCCUGUGAGGAUCUGGCAAGAGCAGUGGCACUGCUUGAGGGAGUCAGAGGAGACAGUGGCCCGGGCGGGGCAGGCGGGAAAUCAGCUGAGGUGGCAGAUCCGGCCCAGUCCAGCCGGAGGGAAGUCAGCGGAGGUGGCUGCUGCAGCUCCGGCCUGGCCCGGCCACAGGGAAGUCAGUGGAGGUGGCAGCAGCCCCAGCCGGUGGGAAGUCGGCGGCUGCAGCGGUCCCAGCCUGGAUGUAGAGAAGUCAGCGGCAGUGACGGCAGCUGCCCAGCCAGAGGGAAGUCAGCAUAGGCGGCGGUGGCUCCGGCCCGCCCCGGCUGGAGGGAAGUCAGCAGAGCAGGUGGGGGCCCUGGCCCGACCAGAGGAAAGUCAGCGGAGGCAGAGGCGGCGGCGGUGGUGGCGUGGUCAGACCGAGUUUCUUUGGAGAAGCCAUGGUGGCUUCCACGUGAUGGUGAAGGAGGCAGUUCUCUGCGGCUUUUCUGGCUUUGCCAGCCCAGCUGCUCCAUGCCACAAGAAGGAAGAACUAUCUGCUGCACGCUGGAGGCUGGAGCCUGUGGCACCAUGGCUCGCCUCACUGCAGUGGGUGGCAGCGAUGGAGACUGCAGAGUGCCAGAGAGGCUCCUGCUUACCAUCUUAUUUUGGAAGGGUUUCUAAUACUCUGGAUAAUCAGACUUCUUUUCUCUAAGACUUACAAAUUACAAGAACAAUCUGAUCUUAUAGUCAAGGAAAAGGAAGAACUGAUUGAAGAGUGACAACCAGAACCUUUUGUUCCUCCUGUCCCAAAAGACCAUCCUGCCCCUCAACUACAACAUCGUUUCAGGUUUCCUGGAUGAUGUUCUACUUGACCUGCCUGUGUCGUCCGUGAAUCCUUUCAGGAAUUGGCGGGAACUGCGGCGGGCGGCUCUUGGUGUAGAAGAGCUCCAUGUUGCAAGAGCUGAAGGAUCCUUGUGCUGGGUCGCCUACCACUCCAUCGGCAAGCCUGAGGAGCUGGGCUUGUGGUCUUUCCCCAGUACCUGACAAGCCGCCUUGACUGGCCAAUGGGAGCAGCCGAGAACUGGGCCAGGGAGCACUGCUGGAGCUGGGUCAGGCUUCCGAAAGGGAAGGACACCUCCUGCGGGGCUGUGUGCACUGGGCACUCCAAGGUUCUUGGAAUUGAUAGUCAUUCUAGGUUUCUUUGCCUUGUCAGUCCUGUUUGUUUCUGUCAGGCUCCGUCUAUGGACAUUCCUUUUUAAGGCCCUGGGACUGCAGUUGAGGGAAGCGAGGUUUCCCCGAGUCUCCAGGGGCCUCGAGGUGGGCGAGGGGCCUUUGCUACAAGGGCCCCCUUUCUUCUCCUCCUGCCCCUGGUUCUCUACCUGAUCGUCCACCUCCAUUGGUUCUUCCGGUUCUUCUGCUCUCACCUCCCUCUUCAGGAUCAGGGCUGGCACUUGUAGCAAAGGCAUUCGAAGUGGAAACUUGAGUCUUAGACGAGGGAUCCUCAUGGAUCUCUCGUGUACGAAGUGGCGUGCAGACAGCACGGGUUUCUCCCUUGAGGGGGACCUCCAAGCCAAUGCAGGCAGGUCCCGCAGUAGGGUGCUUGAGUUCGGGGUGAAAUUCGAGCUCGAUGGAAAACAAGGCCCAAGACCUCGCGGCAGGUACACGAAGAACUGGGAACCGUGUAGGGCUCACGGGGCAGGCACACGCGCAGGAGCUGCGGAAGCCGGCCAGCCAAAAAGUCCGUAUGGACAAGAGGAGACGAUUGUGGUUGCUACCGCUGCCAGAUCCUGCAGCGGAUGAAGGAACACAAAUCUGCUUAGGACAUUUCCCAUAGUACACAAGUUGUGCACGGACAAAAAAUCACACCAAGAAAUGGAGAGGGUACUCCUGAGUCACCCACUAGUCUGGGUGGGCAGCUGGGCUCUUAUGACAUCACAAUGGGGCUGAUGACAGAGCAGGGUGUGGGGCAGUGCACAGGAGCCCAGCAAGGGCACCUACAAGUGGAGUCAAAGGGCAAAGGGCAGGGCUCCCCAUCCAUCCAGCUGGACCCUCCUGCUCCUGGGGGCAGGUAUGUGGCCCUGGAUGAGCCCCGCUGUGGAGCUGUGGGGCUGUGGGGCAUGUGGGGCUGAUCUGCCAGAGCCCUUCCCACUUGGUGCCUGGCCCAUGCGCUGGCUGGCACCCAGUGGCCAUGUCUUGGCUGGCCUUGUCCCCUGGGUUACAGGACCAGACCCUGCUGGAAGCAAAGUACAGGACUAGCUAGAUCCUGCCAGGCUCCCCUAGGGCCUCCUCAGUGCCUCUGUGCCGCCUGGAGCCAGGCCUGCCUUCUCCGUUGUGGUCCUGGCCUCGCCGGGCAGGUUUCCGGAGAGGAUGCAUGCCCCGGUUUGACUGGCUGCCGCCCCUUACCACUUCCCAUCCUGGCGGGCAGGGUCUCCACUUUUUACAAAUUUGCCUGAGAACUUUCCUCAGGUCAUUUGGGUGAUCAUGACCCAGCCAGGCAUUGAACGCAGGCUGUGGGAUUCCACACCUGGCACUCUGACCUGUGUGCCUCCUCAUAGUGGAUACAGCAUGUAUUAAUUUUCCUGUAGUCCUAGGGUACUUAGCACCAUGGCAUAUCUGUAAUAAGCACAUGCACACAUAGAAGGAGGUCUUCAACACAUAAGUUGACCAUGGCCCACUCUGGGCUCCAGUCCUCUUCAAAGAUGUAGGGCAGGGAUCACCAGCUGUCAGCACAGCACCAUCCCACAUUGCGCUUCUAAUGGAGCCUUUCAGCCCAGAUGUUCUUUCUCGUCUGGUCGUCUGGUGGUAGGAAUCUAAGUACGUAAAGACGAUGUUCUAGAUCAGCUUUGGUCUAUCCUGAAAGAAAUUCACCAAUGGCCUAUUCCAUAUAGAUAAAAGCUAGUUUCUCUAGUCUUUCUGGAUGUGUCUAGAAAGCAAGUACAUUAUUUAUUUGCAAGUUAUAGUGGAUCAGUGUAAUGGAUUAAAAUACAAUCAACAUAAUUUGGUCAUUGUGAGCAUGCCAGCUGGGUCCACUCUUCACCACACGUUACGAUACUCUAGAUUUUCUUACAGCCUAGAGAAAGGCAUACUGUUGGAUGUCUGGACUAGGGAAACCUGUAUGAAAAACCAUUCGGCCACUCUACAUGCUUUUAUUAGAGAAUUGAAAUCAUCUGUAUUCAAGGUUAUCACUAAAAGGUAAGAAGUUACUUUUGUCAUUGUGUUAAUUGUUUUCUGGUUUUGUAGAUAUUUUGUUUCCUUCUUUUAUUGUUUUCUUUAUGGUUUGCUGAGUUUCUGUACUGAGAAGCUUUGAUUCCUGUCUUCAUUUCAUUGACAGAGCUGAUGUAAUUCUUUCCCUUUGGUUACCCUGUAGCUUACAGUUAAAAUUUAUAGUUAUGAUAGACCAUUUAAAGCUGAUAAAAAGUUGUGAUCACACAUGAACAUGGCUAUACUCCCACCACAUCCCAUGCCAAUGCACAAAAUUUAUACUUUUUGCCAUGAUUUACAUUGUUCUGUAUUGUGUAUUUGUUAAGAACUGAUUGUAAAUAUAAAAAUAAAGGAUGUUCAACUUUCUCAA